UUUCUCCAGGCUCACAGCUACGCAGCUACUUGGAAGGGGUGUAACACAACUCAAUUUUGGAACACAUGAAGAGAAGAUGGCUUUAUCUAAACCAAGACACACCAUUAGGACUAUGUAUAACGACCUUGUCACAAUGGCUCGGAACUUCCCUCCAAGGUCGGACCAAGACAUGGGGAAGCUAAUCAGAGGAGAGGAGAGCCCUUACAUGCUGCCAGGAGGAACAUUUGUUGGACUCCGUUUCCAAAACACCUGUGUUCUGAGUAGUCUUUUGGCCGGAAUACAUAUAACAGCAACAAGAUUUCGCAAAGUCAAAGAUUAUUUGAUGACGGACAACACAGUCGGUGGAGUAAUAACUUUUCUCGAUAACAAAAUGUAUAAUGAGGCGAUGGGUCUUUGGCUUAUUAAUCUAGAUUUGCGUGAUGUUAGAAAAAAAAAAUACUUUGACCAAACUGAAUAUCUAGAUUGUAGAGGCUAUGUCGAAUGCUUCCUACCAAACUUUGAUGACCUGAUAUUUAUCAAAUAUGAAGACGACGACAACGAUUACGAUAUGAGCCCCUCAGCUAGAAUUUACAAUGGAACACUGAGCAAUUUUAAGCUAUAUGGUCACGUUUACAUCCUGGACACCAUACUUGACCCUAAACUCAUCCUGGUGAAUGUGCGUGGCCGAUUUGGGUACGGAGAUAAUCUUCCUUAUGUCAUCACGGAUGACUUUUCAAGGAAGUAUGAGCUUCAGUUCCUUUUGCUGGGUUUGAGCACAGCAGAGAUGAAACACAUGGUGCUGUGCGUUAAACAAGAAGGAGGACGAUGGAUGCUGUAUGACAACUCGGUAACGCCCCAAUUCCAGGACUUCAAUAUGGAGAUAGAAAUGAAGAAAUAUGGUAUUUACCUCGCUGCUUACGUGAAUUUGAAGAGUGCGUAUCCAGAGAAACAAGUGCAAGAAUCAGAGCGAGAAAAUGACCUCCCCCUGCCAGUGGUUGUAACAGUCAACAACCGCCGAUCAACAUUCCCAUUCAGCCAACCAGUGGAAGAAACAACCAUCUACACCCUGAUGUCGCAAGAGGAGGAUGCUUCCCCCCAAGGGGAAAACGCAGAUGAAUGUGGCUGAGGGCACCCUGGCCUGAAUACACCGACAUUCCUGGCCUGAACCCACUUGGUCGUGCUGCUGAUCCCAGUCCUAUGGAACCCCAUGCUGACCAAGUCCACCUGGUUGUGCUGCCUCCACUGGAUCGGCCUGUCCCCUUAAGCCGCUACACCCACAAAUGUGUAUUUCUUUACUUACCAUGCCUCUAUGAAAAGCUAUCUGACCACAGGGUCUUGAAAAUCUCUAUCCGGUACAGCCAGAAGAGGAUGGGCCACCCCACUGAGUCAGGUUCCUCUCUAGGUUUCUUCCUUUUAGGGAGUUUUUCCUAGCCACUGUGCUCUCUUUUCUACUUUGCUCUUUGGGGUCUGGGCCGGAUUACUGAAAAGUACUUGACAACUGCAUAAAUAAAUGUGAUUGAUCAACAA